GCCCGGGAAAUACAAAUAAAGUGAAAGUGAAAGCAGGGAUGUUAUCCAUAAAAUGCACGUGCUGUGGCCUUAAGUAUUAAGGUUAAACGUUAUGUGGGGGCGUUAUAAUUUAUUAUAACGGGAACUGAAACCAUUACGUCACCGUCUGUCAAACGACAGGAUGUUUUCGUCUAGCUGUUCAGCAGGGGCUGACAGUUAGUCAGCCCGUAUGGCUUGUGAGUCCUCCAUCUUGUAGCGAUGUUGUUUUGCGAGGACUUCGUACCGAGCCUUCUCACCAGCGGCAGCCCGCCCAAGCUCGCUCCCUUCGCCGACGGCGUCCGCCAAGCGAACGUCUGGCUGGCCGAACACCCGGAAGUGCAGGUGCAGAAGUGCGAGACGGUCCGUGUGGCUGUGUCCCACCAACAUGACCAGUACUGGGACACACAGGUCAUGUCAUACCCAGCCGGGAAACCCAAGGACGUCUCACGGUUUGCACUUCGUGGUCUGAGAAUCUGGUACCAGAAGAAACCUGAACAGGAAAAACAUCCUCGCAACCCUCCUCAGAUAACUUCAAUUGAUGUUCUCCCAAGGGAUCAUGGUGACAAGGUGGACACCUUCCAAGAAGUCCUGACCCGCUUGAAUGGUCUGAUAGCAGAGCAAACAGGACAACUGCUGAACAUCCAGACUCUAGUAGUCCCAGGGGACAAGAAAGAAACACAGGCGGAUUGCCGUUGGACUCUCUGCGUAGGAGAAUCGAAAGAAAUGGACUCUGAAGAAUGUGUGUUGCAUAUUCAGACGCCGACCAAGUUGGUGCGGUUCCUCCGAGCGUACCUGAUCUCAGUAGAAGAAUCACCGCCUCCUCUUGAAGUCCACUUACAAGACUUCCUCCCUGAGCAAGUAGCUGCCGGAAAGGUGUCCAUCUUUUCCUCCAAGUUACCCACAUUCCAAACUCUGUCUGAGACCUUUGCAAAGGCACAUGAGUGGCUACAGGCUUGUCCUGAUGUUAACCUGAUUAAUGUUGACGUUUUUGAUCUGUUACUUGUUAAAGAGGCUAAGACUUACUGUGCAAGUGACCCUCAAAUAUGUUUCUUUUCCGCUAAAAAGCCUCCGUUUGGGUGGUUGAAGGUUGUUCGUAUUUACUACAGUACCGGACAGGGGAGUGACCCAGUUGGUAAACUGGUUGAUCUGUCAUUCAGUCCUGAAGUGAAGGAAAAGAGAAGCCUUAUGCAGUAUGCCCAGUAUGAAGAAUUGGCUGAAGUAGUGAAGAAGGUGCAGUUGAAGUGUGAGGAGGUGGGAGGGGUCCCUGUGGGGGUUACUUCUGUCUGGACCUACCCAGACUGGGAGAGUGGUGAUGAUGUGUUUCAGCCAAACACUAGCCUGCAUGUGGAGCCACGCCUCGAUGGCACAGAGCUCCUGCCUCAAGUGGAAACCAUCUAUGUUUGCAUGAUGGUGAAGUAAGUCAGGCAGAGAUGAUUUUAUGGAUGAUUAUUCUGCAUCCUUGAAUGAUUUGGGCCUGAGUCUUGAAGAUUGAUUCAGUCACCUAAACCACAUAUUAUAUAUUCAAUAUAUCUAUACAUGUACAUCAAAUAUGAUAAAUAUAUGUAUCAUUUAUGUCUAUAACAUUAUGACUGUAUUCAUUGUAAUGUUUUGUAAUGCUACAUGUCUUUGUGUGUUCGUGUCUGUAUGUAUGCGCAUGUGUGUGUGUGUAUAUGUAUAUUGUAUGCAUGUCUGUGUGUAUGCGCAUGCGUGUAUGUAUGUAUGCAUGUCUCUGUGUGUGCAUGUGUGUGUAUAUGGUGGUACACACCACGCUAAACAUUGUUGAUCGCACCUAUUUAUGUGUGCAAUACGUAACUCAUUAAUCACAUCUAAUCAUCAGCAAGUCAUUCAGACAUAGACAGAGAAUGUACUGUUUUGUUUGUGGUUUGAAGCUGAGGGGUCAUUAUGCAAUAUACUUGUAAUAAACGUUUUACGUUAAGUAUGUAACAUGUGGUAAUGUCUGCAAGGUGAGUGUGCCUACAUAUAUUUCCAUGUUGUAAAACUUAGGUUUCCUUUCAAUCAUAUUUUGUUUUGAAAUACAUAUUUACAUGUGUUACACCUGAACUAUCAAGUAAGUACACCUGAACCACAGUUUUUAAAGAUGGCAAGUUCAAUGUCUUGGAUCACUUGAUUGUAAAGCCAUCAAUGUAACUUGUAUUGUCUUGGAGAUAAUACAAACUCAAGUUAGUUUUUUUCAGUGCUCAGUUACAGAAAAUUGAAUUAUACUAAUUUAUAGCCAAAACAUAUAUCUUGUAAAUCUAACAAAGUUUACAAUUGGACUGGCUCAAAUCUGAAACUUAAUACUGCUGUUACAAUCAAUACCUUAGUUAGCAUUGUUUCACACUUAUUCUCUCUUGUGUAUAUUAUAUUUCACAUACACUAUUGUAAAGGAAUGAACAAAUAAGUUAAAUGAAAAAUUUAUUUUAUGUAUAGCAAAGCACAUUAUUUCUUUUCAUUAAAAACACCAUUGAAGGAGUGGAUUUA